AUGUUUAAGAAAAUAUUACGCCUUGUCUACAUAUUCAUUGUUAUCAAUCUUUUGAGUUUAAUAGACAGGCCUACUCAUGGAUAUUGUAUUAAGAAACUUUAUAACAAAGAUGAAUCAGUCAUAAAAACGUAUGAUAAUAUCAGGAUUCAGUUAACAGAGCAAUUUCAUCGGCGAGGUAUUCUUAAAGUACCAUCAUGGGAAUGUUAUCUAGUUCCUUCAAAACGUGUCGAUAACAAAGAAUACGUUGAAUGUUGUUAUACAGAGGUGUUACCAGGUGAUAAAUGGUCGAAUGAAGCAAGAGAUCAAAUGAUACUAUCAGGUAUUUAUACUAGUGAUGUCAGUGGUGCUGAGUAUUAUCCAUUUCAAGAAAUAGACUGGAAAUACUUCCAUCCUGAUAAUAUUCCACCAACACCUUGA